AGUACCGGGUUAUCCGGAAGUUCUAAAUGUGGCGCCUUAAUGUGUCAUCUUGAGGUCACAGUAAAACUUGCAGAGAACUUGGAUUUAUGCCGUCGUCAUUUUGGAACCCAAACAUACACACAACGUCAACACAACGUAGUAUCAGGAGUGGGAACGACUUGGUGCAUUAGUUACGUCGUAUUCCAGCAGCAAAGAUCGACUCAGUUUUAUUAGCUGCUACGGCUAACAGCGGCGGGCGAGACCAAAGAGAUGGCAGACACACCAGUCAGCGCUACAGCUACUUUCACCAUGAAAAUCUCCACUCUGCUAAGUUCUGCUAAUUCUACAUAGCUCAUUAUGAAUAAAUGAUGAGUCAAUGAGCUUGGUUUCCUACUACAGAACAAGAAGUUUUACAAGGAAGUUGAGUGGAAGCGACCUCCAAACAUCUCAGUGCCAUCAAAGUAUUUAGUUACUGUCCAAACAUCAGAUCUGAACACAGCUCGGUAUGACACUUUCGGAGAUGGGAAGAUUUGUGGCUCUUCUUGUGUUGUGGGGAUGUAGCCUCAGCUGCUGUUCAUACGUCCAGCUGCGUAAGUACUAUUACAUAAACCAGAACAUGAGCUGGGGAGAUGCCCGGGAAUACUGCAGAACGCAUUACACCGAUCUGGCAACCAUUGAAAGCGACAACGACAUAAACGGGCUACAGUCGGGUUUUUCCUAUGAGAAGGCAUGGAUCGGACUGUGGGAUGACCCAAGUUCUUGGAAGUGGAGCCUUGGCAGUCACCCCAACUCUUGGAGAUGGUCAUCAAUAGGCGAACCAGGCAGAACCAGUUAUUCGGGCUUUAUUUAUGAUGACCCUAAUGCUCAAGGAGCAAGAGAAUACUGUGCAGUGAUGAUGGAAGAAGGUGGAUGGUAUGAUAUCAGCUGUGAACGAAAUCAUUCAUUUGUGUGUUACACUGCCAGCAACGGAUCAGGAAAAGUGUUUCAUCAUGUUAAUACUAUUAAGUCAUGGUAUUCUGCCCAGGAGUACUGCAGAUCACACUACACAGACCUUGCUACAAUUGAGAACGCCAUGGAAAACGAUAUGAUCUUUAACGAUACUCAAAGGCUAUAUUUCUGGAUUGGUCUGUCCCGAGUUCCGUGGACAUGGUCCAAUAGGUCUCCAGUUUCCUUCACUAACUGGCAGACUGGACAGCCAGACAACCAGAACUCGACCCAGUUCUGUGCGGCUGAGUUGUCUGACCACAAGUGGACUGAUGAAGACUGUAGUACAAGGAUGGUCUUCAUUUGUCAUAAAACCAUGAUGUCAAAGACCGUAGUGAAGAUGCAGAUUAAGGCGUCCGCAGAUUUAACAGAUCCAACUGUAAAUGCCAAGGUUCUCCAGCAGCUCCGUACUAAGCUGACCAAUCAGGGAUUGACCAAUGUUGUGCUCCGCUGGAGGAGUCCACCAACAAAGCAGAAGAAGCCGUAGACUUGAAUCCUGAUGUGGUAUCAAUAUUGUGCAGACAAGCUUCCAUAUGAGUUAGUUAUUUAGCAUACGAAAGCACAAUAAAUUAUAUUUAAUGUAAUUAUUACAAUAAAAUAUUGUAAUAUCUAACACUAUUAUAACAUAGAUACUGAGGGAAGUUGUUUUUUUGUUUGUUUUUUGUUUUUACUAAAAACAUUUCGAAGGUUUGCUCACUGGCUUUGAAUACACAUAGAGACAAACCAUUGGUCACAGAAGGGUGUCACUCAUCAUGCAGGUGUACAUGCCCUGGCAGUGGAAAGGCCCUGGUUUUCACAAUUGAUUAGACUUUUUUUUGUUCAAAUGUUGUUUAAAACCAAAUAAUUAAAAGAAAUUAAAGGGGUACUUGUCCCACACCUGUAGUGAACGAGUGGUCCGGCCGUGUCACAGUGACAUCGAUGGACAAGGAAAAAGACAUUAAGUCAAGUUGUUUAAGUUGAUUUAUUUGUACAAACUCACAAAAUACAUUUGAUUCAAUGGACUUUACAGUUCUAAAAUUAGAAUUAAACAGGAGUGAACAGAAGGUCGUUUUUCACCAGUUUCUUUGUUAUUCCAGUUAUCGUCGAGCCCGUUCUGUGUUUUAUCUACAUUUGACAUCUUUGAUGUGUUGGAAGAAUUUACUAUCUUGGCUAACCAUAGGUUUUUUUGGUUGACUGCUGUGGAUAUGACAUUUACUUUUUAAUAAUAUUUGGACUGAUUUAUUUACUUACCUCAGAGGACAUAUGUAUUUACAUAAGGCGGAGGACAUUCAAAUGGCUCUGCAUUUGACUGUCCUCGGACAAAUGAAGGACAAAUAGAUUUUCCC